GAGCCCCUAGGGUUAAUCCGCUGGCUUCCCGGUUCCUCCCAGUUACCACCGGAGCCUGCAGCCUCCGGCGAGCAACCGCACCGGGGCGGCGACACUGGCGAGAUGGAUGCUCCUCCGUCCAACCCACCCCGCACGGUGAUUUGCGUGGGCGACGUUCACGGCCACAUCUUGAAGCUGGAGAGCCUCUGGUCCAACCUCCAGUCCGCGCUCCCCGCCGACGCCUUCGCCACCGCGCUGGUCGUCUUCCUCGGCGACUACAACGACCGCGGCCCGCACACCCGCAGAGUCCUCGACUUCCUCCUCGCGCUACCCGCGCGCCACCCCGCGCAGCGCCACGUCUUCCUCUGCGGCAACCACGAUCUCGCCUUCGCGGCGUUCAUCGGGGAGACAAUACUAGGCAUCAGUAAUCUAGGAGAGUUAUACAAACUACCAAACAAUGAGUACAACAUUUAUAGAGGUGCUAAUGUCAUUAUAGAUCUUGCGAAGGCUGCUCCUGAGGAACAUAAGAGCUUUCUGCGUGACUUGGUUUGGAUCCAUGAGGAGGAAAAUGUGCCAGUUGAUACUGAUGAAGGCCAGAUCGUCUGCAAGCUAAUUGCGGUACAUGCUGGCUUGGAGAGGUCCAUGGAUUUGAAUGAGCAGCUUAGGGUUUUGAGAACUAAGGACACAAGGGUGCCAAAGGUUCAAAUGCUUAGUGGGAGGCAGGACGUUUGGGACAUACCAAAGGAUCUGUCUGGGAAGCAGACCGUCAUUGUUAGUGGCCACCAUGGGAAGCUCCACAUCGACGGCCUCCGAUUCAUCAUCGACGAAAGCGGUGGUUAUGAAGACAAACCUAUAGCUGCUAUCGUUUUCCCAUCGAAGACACUGAUCAGAAGUACAGAGGGCGCCGCAUCACAGAAUUGAUAUAGGGUAGCAUCAUGAGCCGUGCCCUGAAACACGGUGGUGCAAGUCUUUCUUCCUACCCCUGUCCACAUGUUUCAUAUGUCAAACGAUCAAUAUGUAUAUUGUCGAAAGGAAAGCAGAGAGUUAACAAUUAACUCUCUUAGACAAGAGAGUUAGUUCUUGUAUGACUGCAUCCUUUCUUGUAAGUUGUAACCUGGCUGCCUUUCAGCCUUUGUUCCUCUCUUACUUUUACAUGACCAAACCUAAAUGGCAAUGCCUUACUUUUACAUGCA